UUCUGAAGAGCAGCAGAAGAAGAAGUGUUGGGUGCUGGAGUUUUCUAGUUGAAUGACAUUAGAGCAAAGUUUACAUCUCUUACAGUUUGUUUCUCUGCCUGGGAACAACCUCACGGACUUCUGCGUGGAGUCGCUGCGUUUCUGACAUCUGACCGGCUGCUUCCCUCCUGAAAAAAUGCGGGACCGAACGAAAGAAUUAGGAAACAACGCAGAGGCUUCAGAUGACGACGAGGAGGGCAAAGCUCUGAUGAUCAAACCUGGACCCUCUUCAGCCAAAGAGGAGAAGGAGAAUGAAGUCUUCUUUAGAAAGGUGCAUGAAAUUCAUGAGGGACUGAGCAACCUCAAAAGGAUGGUGUCUGACCUUGAGAAUAAGCAGAAAACUGUGCUGGGUGUGGCGCUGCCAGAGGAGAGUAUGAAGAAAGAGCUGCAGACUCUUCGAGAUGAGAUCAAAAUGUUGGCUGGUCAGAUCCAGAAGAAGCUGAAGAAUAUUGAACCCAAGAAGGGAGAGGAGGAUGCAAAAUAUGUACCCAUAAAUGUUCGGAUGCAACGGACUCAGCAUGCCGUCUUGUCCAAGGAGUUUGUGGAGCUGAUGGGUCACUGCAACACCAUCCAGGCUCAGUACAGAGACCGCAACGUGGAGAGAAUACAGAGGCAGCUCAAAAUCACGGGGACCAACGUGACAGACGAGGAGCUCGAUACGAUGCUCGAGAGCGGGCAAACGGAUGUUUUCACCCAAAAUAUCCUGAUUGAUGCCAAAGCUACAAAGCAGGCUCUGAAUGAGAUCGAGUCCCGACACGAUGAGAUCCUGAAGCUGGAGCGGAGCAUCAAAGACCUGCACGACAUGUUCCAGUACCUCGCCAUGGAGGUGGAGGCUCAGGGGGAGAUGGUGAACCGGAUUGAAAACAACAUCAAACAGUCUUCUAACUACGUGGAGAAGGCAAAGGAAAACACGGCGGCUGCUGUGACAUAUCAGAAAAAAGCGCGCAAGAAAAAGAUUUGGAUCGCGAUCUGUUUGGCCAUCCUCAUCCUCAUCCUAGUCAUCUCUUUGGCCUCCGCCUUCGGCUGACCGAAAUCUCCCUCCAUGUAAAUAACUUCGGCCCACAGGAUGUACGGGUGAAUUAAGUCGGUUAUUAUCCCUCUGCUUUUUAUUUUUUUCACACUUCAAAUUGGUCUCCCUUUAACCUUCAUGUCCUCGUUACAGGCUCUUUUGGUUUUGUUUUUUAAAGAAGAGGUGUGCUCUCUGUUGUCUUAACAAACAACUACAAUCUCACCUGCACUCAUGAGGUAGUGCUGCAGGUCUAUGGACACCACCCCCCACACAGACACACACACACACACAUCUCCAGGCAGAUUUAAUGACCUGGACGGUUUGUGAGCUGUUACGUCAGCGCCUCUUCCCCUGCUUCAUUAAAAAAAAAGAGGAAAUAAGUAGCCUUGAGCAAAGCACAAUGCAGUAUUGAACCCGACACUGGCGCUGAUCAUACUGGACUCAGGAAAACUGUGCAUUGAUUCUUGUUCCAUUGUUGUUUCUAGAUGAAUUGGAGACGUAAAUAAGAAUAGGGCUUCUUUCUUUUAUAGUCAUAUAUAGUAAAUAGACUAAUAUAAUUGUAUAUAACCUAUAUGGCUGGUGAUUCCUUAUGCAGAUGAUUUUUAAAAACUUGAAAGUUGUUUCAAACCGCCGAGAUGUAACAAGUGUAAAUACAGAUUUUUUUUUUUUUUGGUGGAAUAAUGGCCCCUAUUUUUGUUUUAGAAGUGUCUCAGCACUGCGAUAAAAGGCCCAAGGCCCACUUUUUAUUUGUCCUACCAGUUUGUAUUUAUGAUUUGAACACUGUUGUGCAAGCUGCUACGAGAAAAGGUUCUGCAACAACACUUAACUUUUAUUUUUUUUCUCUUCAAAAUGGUGCCUUCCUCUCCUUUAUGUCCAUACAAACAGCUCAAGUUGCGAAUGUGAUGUUGUGCACUAACGUUGUCAAGAAGGGACGGAGUGAGUCUUUAUUCUGUUUAUAUUUGUCUGAAUUCACACCGCAGUGUUUCAGCUGUGAGUCAUCAUGUUUUAGCCUGACGCGUAUACUCUCGUUACUUAUUUUUCCUAACAUUUGUCACAUUGUGCAACGUCUAGUUUAGUAACUUGCAGACACGGUUCAAUCCAUCAUCAAAAAUCCAUAGUUUGUCACUAUUGUGCCAUUUUUUUUUUCCAUCCAAAUUGUUUUUGUGAGUUGCAGAUUUUUAGAGAUGUCUUGGCAGCAAAAAUAUGUCUGAAAAACUCAACAGCGAUGUCUCUUUCCUGAGAUUAUGACGGACCUUGUUGUGAGCAGUUUCACUCAGCAACUACUAAACUUUCAUGCUGUUAAGUUUUUAAAACAAUGGGGUUUUUUUUGCUUCAUUAUGUUCACGAGGAGACAGAUUUAUCUAAAUUUCUGCUACUCACACCAAAACAAUCGAGCUGGUUAAAUGGCACUACAGGUUUUGAUUUGUGGGUUAACUGUAUUUUAGGUUUAAUUCUGAAAUCCUGGAGCAGAAAGAGACCACAAUGUGACAAAUCUGUACAGAAAAAUAAACCACUUAUUAUGUGUAAUGUUGUCGAGUCGUCGCUCGAGUCUCCUUUGGAAAAAGGUCAACGGAGAGCAGAGCGGUGAUUCUCCAACUGUGUAAUAUGACAGCUGUUGAAUUUUUGCAUCACUUUCAUUUUAAUAUAGGUUUGUUUUUAAAAUAAAAUACUGCCAUGAUCUA